UUAGUUGCAUUUUGGGUUUUGUUAUAUUUCUGAUAUACUCUGGGUCAUCGCAGAAAGUACAUGUUGUUUAUUCAUUCUUGUUUAUUUUCAUCUCUACCAGUAAACUCAUCAAUCUUAGAGAGGAUCUUUUGUUUCCGGUUUAAUACUACUAAUAUUAUUCUGAGGCUAUGCUCAGGCUCAAAUCAAUCUGCUGCAAUUUUAGAGAAGGGUGGAACAGUCUGUAAUAUAAUCCUUGAGGCUGCCAGCAGAAUAAAAAUAGCACAGCACACAGAUGGUUAAAGAACAAGGAAUCCAGACAAUCUAUCCUCAUGCUACUUUUGGCUUUCCCCUAUUUCCUGUUCUCAGCUCCUCCUCAAGAAAUCUUCGGUACUUCUCUUGCUGGGAUAUUGUCAUUCACCGCCAAAUGUUGUCCCUCGGCAAGGUUGCUGAUUCUUUGUUCAUUAGCAAUUCUAGGUCAGCCUGCUGUGAGAGUCUCCUCAGUCAAGAGAGAAUCACAUUCUGUAUCAAUGUCUCCAGACAACAGCCCUUCCCAAGCUUUCAGCAAGGCCAAUUGCUGAGAAUCCCUGUCUUUGAUGAUCCUUCAGAGGACUUGUAUAAGUACUUUGAGCAUUGCAGUGAUGCCAUAGAAGACACCAUCCAAAGAGGCGGGAACUGCUUAGUGUACUGUAAAAAUGGUCGCAGCAGAUCUGCAACUAUCUGCACUGCUUACUUGAUGAAACAUCAAAAGCUCAGGCUGAAGGAUGCCUUUGAGAUUGUGAAGAAUGCCAGGCCAAUGGCAGAGCCUAAUGCAGGAUUUUGGUCUCAGCUACAGAAAUAUGAAGACCAUUUGCAAAGACAGCAGCAAAGAACUCUUUCUUCAAAUACAAUUUCACAUAAUAAAUACAUUGAUUCAGAUUACAAUGUUGUGAAAUUCCUUUAAAGAGGAAGAUUUAAGAUGCUUCUGGGUAACAUUUAAUAUACUAAAAUUUAAUAUACUAAAAAAAGCCCUGCUACUGCCAAAUAUUAUGCUUAACAGCUACUUUAUUAUUGUAGUCGUAAGAAACUAGCUGAAAACUUCUGUAAAAAACUUUCAAUAAAGCAUAAUUCAAAGCUCUGAAAUCUGUUAAAUUUUUAAUAUAAUCAAUUAAAUGCAGCUAUAAUGGGUUGGUCAAAUCUUCUGGAGGGAGAACUGGCACUUCUGUUUUGAGAACAACGUUGAUAUAAUAAUUAAAUGCAAUUGACUAGAAACAAGAUCAUGUGUGAUUUUGUAAUACUUGAGGUCAUAGGAAGAAGGCAAUAGCGAUUUCUCAAAAAUGCUGCUAAGAAAACAGGAUGAGUUUGUCCAUACAAUACCUAGAAGUCAAUAAUGACUUGACAGGUCUAUCUAUAAUCUAUCUUUAUUGAUAUAUACUUGAGAAAUCAGAAUUAGCUCCCUCGCAGAUACUGUUUUUAAUAUACUUUCAAU